CAUCGCGAUCGGUUUGAACGUAGUUUGUGAGGGACCUGCAUUUGUCUGGCCUUGUGAAUCGACAAACUACAUAUAUAUAUAUAUAAUUUUUUUGUUGUUGUGUGUUUUUUUUUUGUUUAUACCCUGUACAUAGCAGUUUGUAUGUAUAUACAAACAAUGUACAAUACAUAAAAAAUGGGAAAUCGGAAACUGCUUAAAUUCCUGAUCAUCUUCGAUAACACAUCGCUGCUAUAUUUUCCCGGACAAUUCCUUUCUGGCCGUGUGCUAAUUGAGCUGCAGGAUGAGACACCAGCCCUUGGACUCCACUUCCAUGUCGUUGGCGAGGGCGUAGUUCGCGGCGGCAGUAGCCGGAGACAGGAGCGGACUUACGACAAGGAGAACUACAUUGAUUUCCGUAUGCGUUUGCUUGGCGAUGUCGAUCAAGGAGGACCAGCCAUACUUUCGCCGGGAAUACACAGUUUCCCCUUCAAAUUGGGCCUACCCUUGGGUCUGCCAUCAACAUUCUUGGGUCGCUACGGCUGGAUACAGUUCUACUGUAAGGCUGCAUUGCGGGAAACAAAUGGCCUUAUCCAUAAAAAUCAUCAGGUAUUCAUUGUAAUGAAUCCCAUUGAUUUGAAUCUGGAGAAACCAAUUUUGGCGCAACCUUUCACAUGUGAGGUGGAACACAAGCUAGGCGUGGCCUGCGUUGGAGGUGGACAAAUAAAAUGUCGGGUAUCCUUAGACCGCGGUGGCUAUGUACCUGGCGAGAAUAUCCUGGUGACUGCAUUCAUAUCAAAUUAUAGCAAUGUAUCGAUUAAGCGCACGAAAACAAAACUUAUGGAGACGAUUGACUAUUUGGCACGCGGCAAGGUCGUUCAGACCGAGAAGCGCGCUCUGGCCGUAUUGGUGCGUGGGAAGAUACGUCCAGGUGGUAAAGAUGAAUGGCAAAAUGAACUCUAUGUGCCACCAUUGCCGCCCACGAAUUUGCAUGGGUGUCAUUUGAUUAAAAUAUCGUAUGAUGUGUUUUUCGUUAUUGAACCAAAGUCAAUGGAAAAGGAAAUUAAAUUGCAGUUACCCAUCGUAUUGGCCACAUAUCCGUUCCGUAAUAAUUCGAAUGAUAUAUCCAAUGCGAACACAUGGCCGGAAUCGGUGCUCAAACCGGAUACCCAUUAUCCAUCAACAUUGCCCAUUUUUCGACCAUGGCUACAUGAAAAACCCAGUGAUGCAUAAAUAAUACAAAAUAAAAAUUUAAUAUAUAUUCGUAUUUAGGUUUUUGUUAACAAAGACAGAAUUUGCGCCAUAAACUAAUUUAUGUACCAUAUUUAAUGUUUUCCUUUGUAUAAACAUAACUAAACUGUUUUCUAAUAAUAUUAUA